AGAGGGAGGAGGGAGAGAGGAGAAGAAGGGGGGGGGAGAAAACGCCCUGGAAACUUGGUUGAUCAAGAAAUAGGAAAAGAGUGACAGAAUCCUAACAGACUGCAAAGUUGUGACUGGAAGAAGUGCUUUCCUUGGGCUGGGUAGAAGGGGACACGACACGUUUCCAAGGAUGCUCAAGCUGGUGUGAGGCUUCUCGGGCGCAAAGACUGCGCACAGAAGCGAAGAAUUCAAGAAAACCACAGCAUCAAACUGAAGGCCUCGGCCUUGCUUGAGCAAUCCAAGGAAAACCAAGAGAGUGUUUCCAACACACCAGGGCUUAAAUAGAGGAAAGCAAAAACAAGAUGGCUGAAGAGGAGGAAACCAGAGAGGUGCUCUUUCCAGAUUGGGAGGGUCCAGACAAAACUGGCUUGACCAUUGAACAGACAAGUGGAGGAGAGCUCUUUGUCAAGGAGGUCAAAGGAGAGUCACCUGCAGCACGGUCUGGAAAAGUAUAUGAAGGUGACCAGAUUGUGGGCGCCACUGUCUACUUUGACAACAUGAGCUCAGAAGAAACAGCUGAGCUACUGAAGACGUUGAACCGACACAAGGUUGGACUGAAACUACAAAACAAAUCCCCUUGCUGCUCACCUGUGAGUACACCAUGUCGUUCACCAAUCGGCACCCUGACAUGGGAAGGGAAGACCCGGUUUGGAGGUUCCAGUCCAGACAUCAUCCUUAGUGGGGAGGAUGAGGACUAUAAGAGAAUAUACACAAAAAAGAUUAAACCAAGGCUGAAGUCUGAAGACCUUGCAGAGGGAGUGGAUGUUCGCACAGAGCGGCAUAGCAGCACAAGCAGUGAUGGCAGCACAAUUACUACCAUCACCCGCCGCAUCACUACCUACACCGUGGAUAUGCCGGGUGGCAUAAGUGAGCAACUUGAACUGUCAAGCCCAGAGUUUAAGGGGCUACAACAAGAAUCUGGAGAUGGCACUUCUUACAUCAGAAUCUCACAUGGCAGCCCUUCAGGUAACGUGAAACCAGAAGAGGGAGUUUUUGAGUCAAGCAAUGUAUCUGUCAGUGGGCCACAAGUCAGCACCACAGAGACACGCUGGAGCAGUGGGGGGGUUCAGAUUAAAACAACUACAAGAGAGGUAGAAAGAGACAAAAGUCCAGGUCUUGGAUUUAAAGGAUCUAACUUUGGACCAACAGGGGCUAAAGGCCAGGGAGACUUUGAGAUCUUAAGAGGGAGUGGAGAACAAGGUGACAGAAAUAUUCAGUUGUCAGGAAUAAGCAAGACACUAAGAGACAGCACAAACACUGGUAGUAAGUAUGUUACAAUAGGAGGAUUGGUAGGUGGAGAGGUAACCUCAACUGAUGAGAAUGGAGGGUCAAUUAGUAUGUCCUUACCAGGAAAAAGCAUGCAGAUUUUGACAUCAUCCACAGAUAAAACCCAAGAGCGAAGUGUUGACGCCAGUUCUGGUGAAAGGACAAAGGUGAAGGUAUCUGAGGAAAAGGGAUCAGGCAGUAUUGAUCUUCCGAAUGUCAGACUUGGUGGAGGUUCCAUAGAUAGUGAUGCUGAAUUGAGAGGUGGCAGGAUAGGAGGAACAACAACAACAGGAAUAACAGUAGGCAAUGUUGCCUCAGGAUAUUCCUCGAGGCCAGGCAAGAUUUCAGUGGCAGGUGUGAAUGUCAACCUUACAGGUUCAAAGUUGAAAGGUGAGGUUGAUGUUAACUUGCCAAGCACAAAGGGAGGAAUAAAAUCAUCUAGAAUAGACACUGAAGUCCCAGGCUAUGAAUAUGAAGAAGUGCGAAAACCAGAAGCAGACAUCAGAGGGAUAGAUACACAGAUCAGAGGUCCAAGUUCUAACAUUGAAGGGCCAGUUGUCAGUGUAAGACUUCCAGAGGCUGACUUCAAAGCACCCGAAAUCAACUCGAGCAUUCAAACCAAUGUACCAAAAAGUGAUAGCAAAUACAAAGUGGAAGUGUCAAAGGUAAAAAUUCCAUCUUUAUCUGGGCCAGAUACAGAUUUGAACCUGAAGAGUUCCAAGGCAGAGGGAGGUAUUGAUGUAGCAGUGCUAAAGCCUGAGGGAGAACUAAAGGCACCCAAAAUAGACAUUAAAGGCCCAGCUAUAAACAUUGAGGGGGAAGAAGGAGAUUUAAAAAUGCCUCAAAUAAAGAUACGAUCAUAUGGGGCCAAGGGACCAAGAGUUGACAUAAAAGCACCUAAGGCUGGCAUUGAAGCACCAGAAGUUGAUGGUGAAGGAGUGAAAUUCAAGAUGCCAUCCAAAACAGGACCCACAAUGCCAGAAUCAGACAUCAGCCUGAAAGGAAGUAAGGUGAAGGUAGAAAUGGAUGUGUCAGUGCCAAAAAUUGAGAGACACACAACAAAACCUGAAGUUGAGACAAACAUUAAUGUGAAAGCACCUGGUGUUGACAUUCAUAGGGCAGAUGCCAAAUUCAACAUACCAACCAUAUCAGGAACAAAAAUCUCCAUGCCAAGUGUGGAUUUCAGUCAGAGAGGACCGGAAAUCAAAGGGGACGUGGAUGUGUCAGCUCCAAAGAUAGAGAGAGACAUUAAAACGCCUGGAGUUGAUAUUAAAGGGCCAAAGAGUGGAUUUGGUAUAAAAACUCCAAAAAUGGAGGGUACAGAUGUAGAUGUAAAACUCCCCAAGACUAAUAUUGAUGUUAAGGCACCUGAAUUUGACAUCAAAGGUCCAGGGAUUGAUAUUGAAGGCCCUGAGACAAAAAUCAGAGGACCAGAAUUUAAACUACCAUCAAUGUCAGGACUCAAGCUGCCAGAUGUGGAUAUGAGUCUGGAAGGGCCCACGAUAACGGGAGACAUUGACGUGUCAGUUCCAGAAAUAGUGGGUGAAAUGAAAACUCCCGAAGUCAAAAUUGAAGGACAGGAUGUUGACAUUGAGGGCCGCAAAGGAGAAUUUAAAAUGCCUAAAUUCAGCAAGCCAUCCUUGGGGAUUAAAGGUCCUAAAGUGCAGGGUCAUAAAGUUGAUGUUAGCCUCCCAAAAGCUGAUAUUGAUAUCAAAGCCCCUGAAGUGGAUAUUACAGGACCACACAUUAAAACACCUGAGCUUGACAUCAAAGGUCCAUCAGUUCACACUGAAGAUCCAAAAGGAGGAUUUGAAAUGCCAAAAAUCAAAAUGCCGACAUUUGACAGCAAAGGUCCAAAAGUGGAGGGUCCAGAUGUUGAUAUCAACCUUCCCAAAGGUGGCAUUGAUGUAAAAAUGCCUGAAGUAGAUGUGAAAGCUCCCAAGGUUGAUAUCGAAGGACCAGAUCUUGAUAUCGAAGGCCCAAAAGGAGGAUUUAAAAUGCCUAAAUUUGGCUUGCCAAAGUUUGGGUUGAAAGGUCCAAAAGUGGAGGGUCCAGAAGUUGAUGUCAGCCUCCCAAAAGCUGAUAUUGAUAUCAAAGCCCCUGAAGUGGAUAUCAAAGGACCAGAUCUUGACAUUGAGGGUCCAAGUGGUAAAAUCAAAGGACCCAAAUUCAGCAUGCCAAAAAUUUCAGGACCAAAACUUUCCAUGCCAGAUGUGGAUUUCAAUCUGAGAGGUCCCAAUCUCAAAGGUGAUGUGGAUGUGUCAGUGCCAAAGAUAGAGGGAGACAUUAAAACACCUGAGCUGGACAUCAAAGGUCCACAGGUUGACAUUAAAGGUCCGAAAGGAGGAUUUGAAAUGCCAAAAAUCCAAAUGCCAACAUUUGACAUCAAAGGUCCAAAAGUGGAGGGUCCAGAUGUUGAUAUCAACCUUCCCAAAGGUGGCAUUGAUGUAAAAAUGCCUGAAGUAGAUAUGAAAGCUCCCAAGGUUGAUAUUGAAGGACCAGAUCUUGAUAUCGAAGGCCCAAAAGGAGGAUUUAAAAUGCCUAAAUUUGGCUUGCCAAAGUUUGGGUUGAAAGGUCCAAAAGUGGAGGGUCCAGAAGUUGAUGUCAGCCUCCCAAAAGCUGAUAUUGAUAUCAAAGCCCCUGAAGUGGAUAUCAAAGGACCAGAUCUUGACAUUGAGAGUCCAAGUGGUAAAAUCAAAGGACCCAAAUUCAGCAUGCCAAAAAUUUCAGGACCAAAACUUUCCAUGCCAGAUGUGGAUUUCAAUCUGAGAGGUCCCAAUCUCAAAGGUGAUGUGGAUGUGUCAGUGCCAAAGAUAGAGGGAGACAUUAAAACACCUGAGCUGGACAUCAAAGGUCCACAGGUUGACAUUAAAGGUCCGAAAGGAGGAUUUGAAAUGCCAAAAAUCCAAAUGCCAACAUUUGACAUCAAAGGUCCAAAAGUGGAGGGUCCAGAUGUUGAUAUCAACCUUCCCAAAGGUGGCAUUGAUGUAAAAAUGCCUGAAGUAGAUAUGAAAGCUCCCAAGGUUGAUAUCGAAGGACCAGAUCUUGAUAUCGAAGGCCCAAAAGGAGGAUUUAAAAUGCCUAAAUUUGGCUUGCCAAAGUUUGGGUUGAAAGGUCCAAAAGUGGAGGGUCCAGAAGUUGAUGUCAGCCUCCCAAAAGCUGAUAUUGAUAUCAAAGCCCCUGAAGUGGAUAUCAAAGGACCAGAUCUUGACAUUGAGGGUCCAAGUGGUAAAAUCAAAGGACCCAAAUUCAGCAUGCCAAAAAUUUCAGGACCAAAACUUUCCAUGCCAGAUGUGGAUUUCAAUCUGAGAGGUCCCAAUCUCAAAGGUGAUGUGGAUGUGUCAGUGCCAAAGAUAGAGGGAGACAUUAAAACACCUGAGCUGGACAUCAAAGGUCCACAGGUUGACAUUAAAGGUCCGAAAGGAGGAUUUGAAAUGCCAAAAAUCCAAAUGCCAACAUUUGACAUCAAAGGUCCAAAAGUGGAGGGUCCAGAUGUUGAUAUCAACCUUCCCAAAGGUGGCAUUGAUGUAAAAAUGCCUGAAGUAGAUAUGAAAGCUCCCAAGGUUGAUAUUGAAGGACCAGAUCUUGAUAUCGAAGGCCCAAAAGGAGGAUUUAAAAUGCCUAAAUUUGGCUUGCCAAAGUUUGGGUUGAAAGGUCCAAAAGUGGAGGGUCCAGAAGUUGAUGUCAGCCUCCCAAAAGCUGAUAUUGAUAUCAAAGCCCCUGAAGUGGAUAUCAAAGGACCAGAUCUUGACAUUGAGGGUCCAAGUGGUAAAAUCAAAGGACCCAAAUUCAGCAUGCCAAAAAUUUCUGGACCAAAACUUUCCAUGCCAGAUGUGGAUUUCAAUCUGAGAGGUCCCAAUCUCAAAGGUGAUGUGGAUGUGUCAGUGCCAAAGAUAGAGGGAGACAUUAAAACACCUGAGCUGGACAUCAAAGGUCCACAGGUUGACAUUAAAGGUCCGAAAGGAGGAUUUGAAAUGCCAAAAAUCCAAAUGCCAACAUUUGACAUCAAAGGUCCAAAAGUGGAGGGUCCAGAUGUUGAUAUCAACCUUCCCAAAGGUGGCAUUGAUGUAAAAAUGCCUGAAGUAGAUAUGAAAGCUCCCAAGGUUGAUAUUGAAGGACCAGAUCUUGAUAUCGAAGGCCCAAAAGGAGGAUUUCAUAUGCCUAAAUUUGGCUUGCCAAAGUUUGGGUUGAAAGGUCCAAAAGUGGAGGGUCCAGAAGUUGAUGUCAGCCUCCCAAAAGCUGAUAUUGAUAUCAAAGCCCCUGAAGUGGAUAUCAAAGGACCAGAUCUUGACAUUGAGGGUCCAAGUGGUAAAAUCAAAGGACCCAAAUUCAACAUGCCAAAAAUUUCUGGACCAAAACUUUCCAUGCCAGAUGUGGAUUUCAAUCUGAGAGGUCCCAAUCUCAAAGGUGAUGUGGAUGUGUCAGUGCCAAAGAUAGAGGGAGACAUUAAAACACCUGAGUUUGACAUCAAAGGUCCACAGGUUGACAUUAAAGGUCCGAAAGGAGGAUUUGAAAUGCCAAAAAUCAAAAUGCCAACAUUUGACAUCAAAGGUCCAAAAGUGGAGGGUCCAGAUGUUGAUAUCAACCUUCCCAAAGGUGGCAUUGAUGUAAAAAUGCCUGAAGUAGAUAUUAAAACUCCCAAGGUUGAUAUUGAAGGACCAGAUCUUGAUAUCGAAGGCUCAAAAGGAGGAUUUCAUAUGCCUAAAUUUGGCUUGCCAAAGUUUGGGUUGAAAGGUUCAAAAGUGGAGGGUCCAGAAGUUGAUGUCAGCCUCCCAAAAGCUGAUAUUGAUAUCAAAGCCCCUGAAGUGGAUAUCAAAGGACCAGAUCUUGACAUUGAGAGUCCAAGUGGUAAAAUCAAAGGACCCAAAUUCAGCAUGCCAAAAAUUUCUGGACCAAAACUUUCCAUGCCAGAUGUGGACUUCAAUCUGAGAGGUCCCAAUCUCAAAGGUGAUUUGGAUGUGUCAGUGCCAAAGAUAGAGGGAGACAUUAAAACACCUGAGUUCGACAUCAAAGGUCCACAGGUUGACAUUAAAGGUCCGAAAGGAGGAUUGCCAAAAAUCCAAAUGCCAACAUUUGAUAUGAAAGGUCCAAAAGUGGAGGGUCACCUUCCCAAAGGUGACAUUAAAGUGCAGGCACCUGACGUUGACAUUAAAGGUCCAGAGGUAGAUAUCCAAGGGCCCAAGGGUGGAUUUGAAAUACCUAAAAUCAAAAUGCCAUCAAUAUCAGGACCCAAGAUGCCAGAUGUGGACAUCAGUUUAAAAGGACCAAGGAUAAAGGGAGAUAUCUCAGCUCCAAAGAUUGAGGGAGACAUAAAAACACCUGAAGGUGAGAUUAAAGUUCCUAAUGUGGAAUUUGAAAUUCCCGAGGGAGAACUUAGUGGGCCAAAGGUGAAGUUACCAAAAGUAUCUGGACCAAAAAUAACUUUGCCAGAUGUUGACAUCAACUUAAAGGGGCCAAAGCUGAAGGGUGACUUGAAAGGAGAUGUUCAACUACCAAAAACAGAAAUUGAAGGACCAGAUGUUACUAUUGAUGUGCCAGAAAUUGGCACAAAGAAAACUAAAUUUAAAUUGCCAAAGUUUGGAUUUAAGGGCCCAAAGGUAAAAGGCCCCGAAACUGAUGUGAAAAUGGGAAAAGGAGAUAUAAAUAUCAAAGGGAAGACUGGAAGCUCUGAAGGUCUUAAUCUUGACCUGGGAAUUUCUGGUCCGAAAAGUAAGGGUUCAAAAUUCAAGAUGCCAAAAUUUAGUAUGAAAGGUUCAAAGGUUGAAAUGCCAGAUGUUGAUGUCAGCCUCCCAAAAGCUGAUAUUGAUAUCAAAGCCCCUGAAGUGGAUAUCAAAGGACCAGAUCUUGACAUUGAGAGUCCAAGUGGUAAAAUCAAAGGACCCAAAUUCAACAUGCCAAAAAUUUCAGGACCAAAACUUUCCAUGUCAGAUGUGGAUUUCAAACUGAGAGGUCCCAGUCUCAAAGGUGAUGUGGAUGUGUCAGUACCAAAGAUAGAAGGAGACAUUAAAACACCUGAGCUCAACAUCAAAUGUCCGUCUGUUGACAUUGAAGGUCCACAAGGAGGAUUUGAAAUGCCAAAAAUCAAAAUGCCAUCCGUUGGCUUGAAAGGUCCAAAGUUGGAGGGCCCAAGCGUUGACAUAAAUCUUCCCAAAUCCAACAUUGAUGUUAAAGCACCUCAUGUUGAUUAUAACUUAAAAGGAAAGAUGGAUGCAUCAGCACCCAAAUUGGAUGCAGAUAUCAAAGGUCCAAAUACUAACAUUGCAGUACCCACCAUCACAAUGGAAGGUUUGUCCGUUGAUCCUGUAAAGACAGGUGUUACAUUUCCCAAGUUUAAAGGUCCUAAGUUUGGAAUGAAAUCUCCAGAAGUUGAGGGGAAGACACCCACGUUCAGUGUUGGAGUGAAAGGUCCCAAAACAGAAGUUAGUCUCCCAGAUAACGAAGCAAGUCUUGAUGCCCCAGAUAUUAAUAUCAAUGUAAAGGGCAAAAAGGGGAAAUUCAAACUUCCCAAAGGAAAAGGAAAGGUAAAGAAACCUGAUGUUGACAUAGAAACACCAGCAGUAGACCUAGAUGUAGACACACCCCAUAUUCAUGUCAAAGGAACAAAGGUAAAGAAGCCUCUUUUUGGUAAGCUUCAUUUCCCUGAUGUGGAAUUAGAUAUUAAAUCACCAAAGUUAAAAGGAGAUGGAUCUUUUUCAGAGGGAUUCAGAUCACCUGAUACAGAUUUUCCAUCUGCUAGCUUGAACACCGCUAUUGAGGGCUCUGGUAUUGGCGGUCCAAAUGUGAACGUCUCCACUUCUGAUAUUGAUGCAAAUCUAAACAGACAAGGAGAGGUUUCCAUGUCUGCUGGUUUUAAAGGCCCAAAAAUAAAUGUGAAGGGUAGUGCAGAGGUUGAUGCAAGUGCUUCAGGGGGGAGUGCAAGUGGUGGCCUUCAUUACCCAGAAGGUACAGUAACAUUUCCCAAAAUCAAGGUCCCAAAAUUUGGUAUUGCUCUGCCUCAGUUGGAAGGCCAGGGACAUGGAGGAAAUGUUGAAUCAGCUAGUGGAGGCAUAAACAUACAGUCUCCAUCUGUUAGUUGCCAAGUCAGUUCACAAAAUAUUGAGGUUCCCAGUCCAGAGCUGAGGCACAGUGAAGGAAAGGUUAAGGUAAAGAUGCCAAAAUUGUUUGGAAAAUCAAAAGCAAAGGGCAGUAGUGCAGGUGACCUUCGGGGACCAGAGGUAGAAUUGAGUACGAGUGGAAAAGGUGGUAAGGUACAUGCAGGAGAACUGAUGGGUGGAAAAUUAGAAUUAGAGGGUGAUCCUGGGCUGAGUGUGUCAACAAAAAGCAAGUCAGCCUCAUUGGAUCUAUUUCAGAGAUCACGGCAUCGGUCUUCUUCCGAUGAGGGGGGCCUUGCAGGUAGUUCUCCUUCAGCUCACCUGGAAGCUGAGGGUGGCGACAUUUCAUUAGACCUAGGUGGAAGCAAGGCCAAAGGAAAGAAAGGCAAGUUGAAGUUUGGCACUUUUGGAGGUUUUGGUUCAAAGUCAAAGGGCUCAUAUGAAGUGUCACUUGGUGAGGAAAGUGAAGCAGGCGUUUCUCUACCCUCUAAAAAAUCGAGAUUGUCGUCAUCUUCCAGCAGUGACAGUGGUUCAAGAGGUGGUUUCAGGUUCCCAAGACUUGAACUUUCUGUCUCACCAAAAAAAUGAUUAAAUAUGAGGCAAGUUAAACUCUCUCGUGUACACCCACAUACACUUUUCUGAUACGGUAAUUUUUUCAGUCUAAAGCUUUUUAAAACCUAAGGAGGUGUACAGCCAUCUCAACUUUGUUAACUAUGAGUACUUUGUUUUCAGUAAUUAGACAGGAGUGCAUGAGAUUGUUUAAAAUCCCUUCAAACUGUAAAUAAGAUUAAUUUGUAUUGUAAUAAUAAAUGUUUUUUCUGUACAUAGUCCAGAUUUAUUGAACAUAUGCCAUCUCACCAAAUUAUCAUCAACAGUUUAUUACAGGGUUUGCCUUUUUGUCCUUUUUCAUUCUUUUAAAUGAAUGUUAUUAAUGAACGGGUGUGGUAUAUUUUUAUCCAGGGGUCUAUUGCACAGAACAGAUAGUUACAACAGUAAUUUUGAAGGAAAAUGUUGCUUAUACAUCCAGACACAAAUAUAAACAGUUACCGUGUUUUAUGUAAGAAAUUAUUUUAUUUUCAAGCUUGAUAUUAUAUAAUCAAUGCAGAAGUAUAUUUAGGCAACAUAGAGCUGGCCCUUUGUAAUACAUUCUAAAGAGUAAUGGUGUACAUACCAUAAUUGCAAAGACAAUCGCUGUUUGGAAACUAUAAAUCUCUCUGAAGUGCUGUCAGUACUUUUCUGUUAAUUUUUAAGAAACUUUUUUCACCCUCUGAUUUUGUGCCAUUUACCAAAAAAUAUGUAUUGUUUCAUUUGUUUUAAACAUGUUUUGUUUCCUAAUCCUGUCAUUUUCAUUCUUACCUGUUUUAUGAUCCUCAGUAUUUUAUUUCAUGUCACUCUCUCUUUGUACACAAACCUUAUGAUAAUGUAAAAAAAUGUCACAAAUAAACUGUCACUUUUUGAUUGCAACAAAAUUUGUGUUGAUAGAGAGUUGCAUAGUUUUGAUCAGAUAUGAUCGAGAUAGAGCAUGAUUCUUUGGGUCUAUUCUUUUGUGUGCAUUCUGCCAAAUAAACUAAAUAAAAGAUUUAUAUAAUUUA